CUAACUAUAAUUUUAAAUUUAUUAAAUAUAUUAUAGGUACAUUGAGUCAACACUCAACAAUAUGAGCUAUGUAAAAGGACGAUUGUGUGCUGGGUGUAUGAUAUUUGUUGUACAAAAUAGCGUACACAAAUGUAGUGAAAAUCAUUUAAAAGAAGAUACGGCUGCAGGAAAAGUAAACAAGUAUAAGUUGAUAAAGUCAAAGGAUGAUGAACCAAACAUAAAUAAUAGUUUGAAAACGGUUAAUAAGAAACUACUUAAAAAUACAAAUUCUUUAGAAAUUAGUGAUUUUAAUGAUGUGUCGGCUGAGAACUAUAAAAAGUCUGAAGAGGAAUGUGUUGCUAAAAUUGAUAUGCCAAAACUCAUUGAAUUAAUUGAACCAUGUGCACCACUCUGGAACUUCAAAUUGUCACUGAGUGAAAGAUCUGAUACGAUCAAGAGUAAUCUGUGGAAUAGUAUAUAUGUAAAUUUUAAUGGAAAAUAUUCAAUUCCUGCAUUAAAAAAAAGUUGGAAGUACUUAAAAAAAAAGUACACUAGGGAGAAAAAAAUUGCACCAUCUGGCAGUGCAUCUAUAAAAAGAGAGUGGCCUCAUUUAAAAAGUUUACAGUUUUUAGAUGACGUAGUAUUAUGUCAAAAGCGCACUACGGAUAGUAUUCCUAGUACUACGGGUAGUAUUCAUAAUACUAGCGAAGAAUUUGAUAUAGAUGAACCUUCAAAACGGAAAAAAAAAUCAUUAAUGGGAGAUCAUAUGUCAAUGCUAAUUGAUGAAUUAAAAAAUAGCAGGCCAAUUCCUCCAACUUCCCCAGAACCUGAACAAUUCAAUGAAGAUAGAGAUUUUUGUGCAUAUUUGACAAGUAUUAUGGUAGGCAUGCCAAGAAAUGCUAAACUCAAAUUACAACGUAAGAUCAUUAACAUGGUAAUUGAACAAAUUGAAUAGAAACAAUUUAAAAUUUACCUAAAAAUAAUUAUAUGAAUUUAUUUUGUUUACUAUGAUAUUUCUUUUAUUUAAGGAAGUUCUUUAUUAAUUUUGUUUUUAUACCUAAAAGUAAUUAGGUGAAUUUAUUUUGUUUAAUAUGAUAUAUCUUUUAUUUAAGGAAGUUCUUUAUUAUAUUUUGUUUUUAUACCUAAAAGUAAUUAGGUGAAUUUAUUUUGUUUAAUAUGAUAUUUCUUUUAUUUAAGGAAGUUCCUUAUUAUAUUUUGUUUUUUUUACCUAAUGUUGAAACUGUUGUGUUAAAUGUUAAUGUUAUUAUAUAUAGUUGUAUUGAAACAGUACGGCUUCUUCGUUGGAGAAAUACUCGGUUAAUUUAGUCCUAAUAUCUUUUGCAUUUUGGUUAUAAGAAUUGGAACCCAUUUGCAAAACAGGCAUUAAACCUGGAACUU